CUAAUCCCAAGAGAAAAAGGAGUUGAGAAACUUCUGUCUCGAUUAUAUAUCACGACAUCGAUCAGAAACUAGAAGCAACAAAAAAUUUCUAGUUGAUGUCUCUGCCGAUGUCUCUCACCAUAAAACUCUUUCUCAUGUUCUUAUUGAUUGAAUCUUCCAUUGCAAAACAAAAACCAGAUCUAGAUCAUGUAAACGUAGAUAUGUCAGAGAUUGAUUAUUCCAGUUUUUUCAAACAGAUGAUUGAAGGAUGGGAACGUGAAGCAAACGAGAAAUACCCCUUUAGGCCAGAUCUCAACAAUGAUGACAGUUCAUAUUUCCUACAAAGCCGAGACCAAGUUUAUGUCAACAGAUCUUUCUUUGUUCAAGGCAAGGCUCAAGCUUAUAUUCGUCAGUGGAACAACUGGAAGCCAUACCGUGACUUGGGGAACAAGAUAGGUGUGUUGUGGCCAACUCAAGACAAUGAUUGUCCUAAAAUUGAAGCUAUGAAUCCGCUGACCUACAUGAUUCAUGGCCUGAGUCGUCGUUACAACAUCCUUCCUUUACUUAAGUAAAUUGUUUCUUUUUUUAAUCUAGUUUUCUAAUUAGUUUGUGGUCUAGGGGUUUCGGCUGAUUUUUAUUAUUAAUAAAAUACAUAUUUAAGUUUUUUUUAUACUGAGAAGCUAUUCUGAAAAAAAUCAUAUUUCUUUUUUGUUUUGAUGAAAUGUGAAAUUUAUUGAUGAAAGAAUAAUGAGAUUAUGUACAGCUGUAAGAUGUAUAGUUCAUAUGUUCUGCACAGGAGCAGAAAAC